AUGCCUUCCAGCACGAACAGCAACGUUGCUGUGGUCAUCCUCCAUGGCUCCUACCACAGCCCGGCUCCGUUCCAGCUCCUGAUCCGCCAGUUCGCCUCCCGUGGCAUCGAGGCCCAUUGCCCACACCUUCCGACCUGGAAUCUCAGCAGGCUCGACGUAGGGGAUGUCAACAACCCCGAUUUCGAUCGGGCGCCUCCUGUCGGCGGCUAUCCGAGUGACAGUGAGGAUGUGGAUGUAGUGAUUUGGGCCUUGGACAAACUCAUCAAGCAGGAGGGCAAACGAGUCCUUCUCGCAGCGCAUUCCUCAGGCGGCUGGGUUGCGACUCAAGCCCCCAUCCCAGAGCUACAACUCAAAUCUCGUCAGGUCGCAGGAAAGCCCGAUGGUCUGCUUGGACUCUUCUUCCUCGGGGCUUUUGUCAUUCCUAUCGGCGAGUCCGUCAAUACCUUCUCCCAGCCCGAGGAUGGAACCCAGGUUACCCCGCCGUUUAUGAGAUUCUACAGCAAGCGCAUACCAUAG